CAAAGGAGGAAGCGACACCAGCCAUGGCAGACGACGAGCGCGACUAUAACUUGAACGAGGAGCAAAAAGGCAUCAAAGCCAAGUAUCCUCCCAUCCAGAGGAAAUACGAGUAUUUGGAUCAUACUGCGGAUGUGCAGUUGCAUGCCUGGGGAGACACUCUGGAAGAGGCCUUUGAGCAAUGUGCAAUGGCCAUGUUUGGGUACAUGACGGACAACGAGACGGUUGAACCUCUGGACACGGUUGAGGUGGAGGCUGAGGGCCAUGACAUGUUGUCUCUUCUUUUUCACUUUCUGGAUGAGUGGCUGUAUAAAUUCAGUGCAAAUGAGUUUUUCAUUCCCAGGGAAGUAAAAGUGGUUUCUCUUGAUCGAAUAAGCUUCAAAAUAAGGUCCAUUGGGUGGGGGGAAGAAUUCUCUUUGCCCAAACAUCCUCAGGGCACAGAGGUCAAAGCAAUAACAUACUCAGCAAUGCAGAUCGUUGAAGAUGAAAAACCAGAGGUCUUUGUCAUCAUCGACAUCUAAAAGAAGAAAAUCGGCCCAUCCUCGUGCCUUGGCAGAAGU